UGCGCCAAUUGCACGGCGCAUGCGCAGCGCGACCUCCGCGGAGCUGGUUCCGGGCAGUAAAGCUCCGGCUUCAGGGUGUGCGGGCGCUCAGGAGAAUGACAGAGGUCGGUGCAAGUUGGCUGUGACUGCCUAUCACAGCGUCAGCUACGCCCCAUCCGAACAAGAUCACCAAGACUUGUAUUCUUUGUGGUUGUGAACCAAUUAUUUAGCCACAUUGAGCCUCAGUUUUCCCUGCUGGAAAGUGGAACUAAUACUUCUUAUCUACUGGGCUGCUCCUAAGCUAGGUAGUGUUGUCAGAUGAAGGAGAGCAUGACAGAAGAGGAGGACUAUAUGUCGGAUUCCUUCAUUAAUGUUCAUUCAUCAUUGUGGGAAGGGCACUGCACCCCUGUGGAGAUUGGAAAACAACUUUUGGGAGCCACUUCUUCCCUCCACAUGGAUUCUGAGAACCAAAGUCAGGUGCUCAGGCUAACCCGGCAAACCUGUUUACCUGGCAUGGCGGCGCACACCUUUGAUCCCAGCACUUGGCAGGUAGGAGCUGGUGGGCCAUCCCAUUGAAUUGGAGUCAGCCUGUUUUACAGAAAGGGUUUCAGGACAUCCAAGGCUUCAUAGAGAAACCCUGACUGCAAACAGAUAAACAAAAAGUCAGUCUUCCUGUUUCCUGGAAAAUGCCCUGUGUCCAUCCACAGAUAAGAGGUGUUUUCUCAUUUCUCUGAGGGCUAACCAUGUUACUUCUGCUCUUGAUUCGCCUUGGGUGCCCUCUUCUGUCUCGUAUCACUGUUUGGCUCCUCUCUGUGUGGAAUCUUAUUCUCCUGUCCAGCCUUUAUUCAGCUUUACUGUUUAUUGUUAUUUACCUCUUAGAAAGAAUUACUCCAAAGUAAUUCUAACAUUCUCAACUUUAUACUGCCUUCAGUUUCCCACAGCUUGUAACUGCCCUUCAUUGCUCUGCUGCAAACGGGGAGCAAAUGUCGGGAACUCACCUACAAGAGCAUUCCGCUCUUUUUCAGAGAAGAUGUCAGACCCGGUGUGCCGAUGCUGAGGCAGAUCCGAGAAGCCCGUCGGAAAGAAGAAAAGCAACAGCAAGCUAAUCUGAGAAACAGGCAGAAGAGCGUAAAAGAAGAAGAGCGGGAAAGACGUGACAUCGGGUUGAAGAAUGCACUCGGCUGUGAAAACAAAGGGUUCGCUCUGCUCCAAAAGAUGGGAUACAAGAGUGGGCAGGCUCUAGGCAAGAGCGGAGAUGGUAUUGUUGAACCAAUUCCUCUCAAUGUCAAAACAGGAAAAAGUGGCAUAGGUCAUGAGUCAUCAUUAAAACGGAAAGCGGAGGAGAGGCUGGAAAACUACAGGAGAAAAAUUCACAUGAAAAACCAAAAUGAAGCAAAGGCCGCCGAGGAGUUUCGGAUGCGACUGAAGAGUAAGCAGGAUGAAAUGAGGCUCGAAGGAGACCUGAGAAGAAGCCAGCGAGCUUGCCAGCAGCUGGAUGCCCAGAAGAAUAUUCAGGUUCCCAGGGAGGCGUGGUACUGGCUGAGGCCUGAAGAGGAGACCGAGGAAGAGGAAGAGGAAAAGGAAGAACAGGAUGAAGAUGAGUGCCCGAGUGAAGAUUUGAGUGUGCUAGAAAAGCUGCAGAUCCUCACUGGCUACUUGCGAGAAGAGCACCUGUAUUGCAUUUGGUGUGGGACAGCCUAUGAAGAUAAAGAAGACUUAUCUUCGAAUUGCCCAGGACCGACCUCUGCGGAUCACGACUGAGAUUGUUCCCAAUAAAGGGAAAUCAUUUACGUGAGUGGGGAAAGGAGGCCUUUGUAUAGCACUUUAUUCUUUCUGAAAUGUGUUCUUUGGAUAAAACUGCUCACUGAUUUAGAAAAAUGUUACUCUUACUUCCAAAUACAACUAUCAUAGACAUGAACAGUUACAAGUGAUGUGGCAUUGUGACGUUUGUCCAGUUUAAGGGUACCAACAGGUUACGUACUCAGUCCCCUCCUUACUUUGGAUAAAUUGAGAAGUAAGAUCGGAAUCAGGAAGAAGCCAGUUGUCUGCUUUAGCCUUGCGAUGCACCUGUAUGGUAGAGGGCCUGCCUAGCCUGUGCAGGACAGGAUCCUGAGUUCAGCCGCCAGCACAAGCUAAGCUCAUUGGCGUGAAGCUGGAAUCCAGGACAAGGCCAGCUCUUUCUAACCAAACUACCUAAGAGUAAUUUGGAGAAAUGGCACGCCCGGCCUCUGCUGUGGAGUCUGCUUUGUGUUCUAGAACUGGUGUCUUGAAGUAGUUUUAUCCUGAUUUGUCUUUCAACAUAGCUGUUGAGAAUACCAGAUAGCAUUUUCUAGGCGCUAGUUCUCUGGAGUAAAGAGCACACCACUGGCUGAGUAGUCUGUCAGAUUAAAACACUUCUCUGUUGGAAAGGAAGGAAUGAAGAGUCAGAGGAUUCCAUACUUCUGGGUCAUGUCCAGGGUCAGACCUCAAAGUCAUGGGUGUUUUUCCAAGUGUGCAUGCUCAAGGAUCCCCUCUAGUGGACCCAUCUGAACUGGUCAGUACUUAAAUACCCACUUUUUAAACUCCAAGAGUAUGCGGCAGCAUGCGUUGCUUUCUGAAACACCACACCAUCACAAGGGAAAACGUUCCAGAGGAGUGCCUGAAGGGACGCAAAGUGGUCAGCACAGUGCAGCCCGGAUCAGCGGGAGGACUAGAGCCAACUUACCCUGGGUGACCAGGCAACAUCCCUGUGGCACUACACUACACUGUGGUGACCAGGCGACAUCCCAGUGGCACUACACUAUGCUCUGGGUGACCAGGCGACAUCCCAGUGGCACUACACUACACUCUGGGUGACCAGGCGACAUCCCAGUGGCACUACACUACGCUCUGGGUGACCAGGCGACAUCCCAGUGGCACUGCACUACGCUGUGGGUGACCAGGCGACAUCCCAGUGGCACUACACUACGCUGUGGGUGACCAGGCGACAUCCCAGUGGCACUGCACUACGCUGUGGGUGACCAGGCGACAUCCCAGUGGCACUACACUACGCUCUGGGUGACCAGGCGACAUCCCAGUGGCACUACACUAUACUCUGGGUGACCAGGCGACAUCCCAGUGGCACUACACUACAGUUAGGAUUAAAGUCAGUGCUGGUAUAACUGUACCUAUCUAAACCAUGGGGACACCACGAGUCACUUCCUGGGUAUGGCAUUCCACAGACAUAUGACUAGUUCCUCAAGCAAAUGUUGAGAGUAAAGAAAACACAUGGAGUAUGCCGUCAAGUAAAAGGACAUGUCACCCAAAAGUAACCGUGGAUCUUCCUGAUUUUUAAGAUUGUAAACUGAAUUUGGACUAAUUAUGUGAAAAUUAUACUUCUUAGUUUGUCUGAGAAACAGUGGUAUAUGAUUUUGUUACUGUUACAAAGAACUUACCUAUUACAAGUCAACUUUUAAAUAUUUAUAGGGGGUUGGCAAGAUGGAUCAGUGGGUAAGAACACUGACUGCUCUACCAAAGGUCCUGAGUUCAAAUCCACAUGGUGGCUCACAACCACCUAUAAUGAGAUCUGAUGCCCUCUUCUGAUGUGUCUGAAGACAGCAACAGUGUACUUAAUUAUAAUAAUAAAUAUAUCUUUCGGCCUGAGCAAGCAGAGUUGACCGGUCGAGCGUGGUGGGGCCGACCAGAGGGAGCAGGGUUGACCAGAGCAAACAAAAGCCCUAAAAAUUCAAUUCCCAACAACCACAUGAAGGCUCACAUCCAUCUGUACAGCUACAGUGUACUCACAUACAUAAAUCUUUUAAAAAAAAAAAAAGAAUGACAGCCUAAAUAUUUAUGGCUACAACUGAGGAGCUCAGCAUAACAACAAAGGUAAAAUAUUUGUUAAGGCUGCACAAUGAUAUAUAUACAGACUCACUCUUGGGUGUUUGAAGAUGAAAAUUGUGAGGAUUAAUAUUGAACAAAAAUAUUCCUUACAAUAAAAUGUUAAUGUGCCUCGAGUUCUGGUGACCAUUCAAGUAGGAAUGUUUGUUAUGUCUGACUAGUGAGUCUGCAGAUGGUGGAGACUUGGAGAAGCUGACAGUCAGACAUGCAUGUAGCUAUGUACACAAGGUACACUUAAUGGGCAUGCAGCCCGUACAGUUGCAUAAGACCAUGCAACUGUCCCACACUUAGCCUCUGAAAAAGCACCCUAUAUUGCAUUUUAAACUGGGUGCCACCAUUAUGCAACCAACCAUACAUGUAUAUAAUAACAUAAAUAUAUGUGUGUAUGGAUAGAUUAUGACUAUAUCUGAUAUAGUUAUAUUACAUCUACAGGUAUGUGUUUGUGACAUAUAUGUAUUUAAUAGAAAUGAUAUAUUUACUCGGAUAAAAAUUUCCUAGUGAAGCCACCAGGUAAAAAAGUUUCUUUCAAAAGUGCCCCUGGCAUGAGUAAGUGAGGCUCUACUCUGCCCUGCUGUUCCCUGAGUAAGAUACUUGGGAUUUCCUGGUUUGGAGGCUGAGAAAAUAUAUCCUUAGAAGUACAUAAAAAUGCCAAAAAGAUAACAUACAUAUUUCAUAAUGUAAAAAUACCAGUAAGAGAAGGGUAAAAUGUUAUACUCUCCCUGACCAUAUUAUUUUGGUAUUCCUCUUAAAUAGAGGAAUUUGUUCAUCAAAGCUAAUAUUAGUCUGUUUUCAAAGAAAUUUCAAAGAAAUUUGAAAAAUGUAGGCCAAAUACCUACGUAUCUUCAUUUCUAUGUGGCAGUGGCUAACAUCUCCCACAGCUGCUCUCUCUUUCUUCUUUCUCUGUAACUCUAGCUCCAGGGCAUCUGAUGCCCUAUUUUGGCCUGGGCUGUCACUACGCUCACAUACAAAGACAUGGACAUGCAAAUAAAAUAAAUAUUUUUUUAAAAGAAUA